CACAACAUAUAUAGUGUCUUGUACUCUGAAGCUACUGGCGCUGCAGUCAAUCAAUUACUCCUAAGUUAAUUUAUUAGCACCAGCAUGGCAGCAAUGAGCGACACUACCAGGAACCGGACGUUCCCGCAUGGUAACGACAAUGACGACGCGACGGCGCCGCCCUCACCCUCGCCGCCGGAGACGGUGUACUACGAGGGGUGCCCGGGGUGCGCCAUGGAGCGUAAGAAGGAGAACAACACGGGCACGCCCUACAAGGAGUUCUUCUACGUCGGGGUCACCACCCUCGCCUCGGCUCUACCAAUAUCAUCACUCUUCCCAUUCUUGUACUUCAUGAUACAAGAUAUGCAUGUGGCAAAAAACGAACAAGACAUCGGUGUGUAUGCUGGUCUUCUUGGUGCAUCGUACAUGAUCGGCAGAUGUUUUGCCUCGCUCUUCUGGGGUGUGGUGGCAGAUCGUAUUGGGAGAAAACCUAUCAUUGCAUUCUCCAUGUUCUCAGUGGUCAUCUUUAACACUCUAUUUGGACUAAGUGUAAAGUAUUGGAUGGCGAUUGCCACAAGAAUGCUCCUUGGUUCUAUGAAUGGCAUGCUUGCCCCAAUAAAGGCUUAUUCAGUUGAAGUUUGUCGACCUGAACAUCAUGCUCUAGGAUUAUCAGUUGUAAGCACGGGUUGGGGCAUAGGUCUUGUUGUCGGUCCAGCCAUUGGAGGCUACUUAGCACAGCCUGCAAAGCAAUAUCCAAACCUAUUUUCUGAGAAUUCGAUUUUUGGAAGGUUUCCUUAUUUGUUGCCGUGCCUUUUUAUUUCACUGAUCGCCUUUGCUGUUCUAAUAAGCUGCAUAUGGCUACCGGAGACACUUCAUAUGCAUAAAAACUUAGAAAGGGAAGUAGAAAUGGUUGGUGAUUCAAGAGCUGCUCCCCAUAGAGAAGUUCCACAUCCAGAGAAGAGUCUAUACAAGAACUGGCCGUUGAUGUCUUCUAUAAUUGCAUAUUGUGUUUUCACCCUUCAUGAUACAGCAUACAGUGAGAUAUUUUCCUUGUGGGCUGUAAGUGAAAAGAAGUAUGGCGGACUAAACUUUUCAUCUAAAGAUGUUGGCCAAGUUCUUGCAGUUUCAGGUGCUGGUCUUCUUUUGUAUCAAAUAUUUGUUUAUAGACACGUCCACAAAUAUCUUGGGUCUAUCAUUUCAUCCCGUAUUGCAGCUGCUCUAUCCAUACCACUUCUUGCUACUUACCCCUUCAUGACACACCUAUCAGGGACCAAACUCGGACUAGCCAUUUAUUUCGCUGCCGUUAUAAAGGGUGCUUUUGCCACGACUAUCUUAACGGGCACUUGUAUUCUGCAAAACAGUGCUGUGUCACAAAAUCAAAGAGGUGCUGCAAAUGGCAUAUCUACGACUGCAAUGUCCCUCUUCAAGGCUAUUGCUCCAGCAGGAGCAGGUGUUCUGUUCUCAUGGGCCCAAAAGCGCCAACAUGCUGCUUUCUUUCCAGGGGAUCAAAUGAUAUUCCUGAUUUUGAAUUUAGUCGAAGUAAUUGGGCUUGUGCUGACCUUCAAGCCAUUCCUAGCAGUUCCAAAGCAAUAUGAUUUUAAGUAGCAGCUGGAACCCCCAAAGCAGUGGAACAAUGAAUGGUGUGAAAAGUUACAACCAUGUUUUAGCUUGCAAAAAAUGCGUAGAAGUCCCAAUCCUCAAUCCAGCCCCGUGUUGUGCAGAGAGCCAGUGAUUAUACUUGUACAGUAUUAAAAUAAGGAAGACACUUAGUAUGAUAUACUGAAUAUGCAUCCUUAAUGUAAUACCCUGAACUGUGAGAUACUGUGUAAACCUUUUUCCAUACAGAGGACUAUUUUA